AUGAGGUCUCCUGUACUGAACUUCUACCAGCGGCACAGGGUUGCCAUACUGCGCUCGUCGUACGUUGUGUUGUUGUUUACGACUCUUAUUGGAACCGGUUCUAGCAGUAAGAAGACGGAUAAGAAGGGACCCAGUGUCGAGAAAGACGGCGGUUGCUCUAAGAAAAGUGGGAAGCACCUAUCGAAGAAGAUUAACAAGGUAAAUAAGUCUGGGUUUGAGCUGGGCACAGAUAGCGAUGAUUCAGAUACGGCUUCAGUGACUUCGUCUGAUGAUAAACUAGAGGUCGCUCAGUCGUCGCCUGCGCCCCUGGGACCGGAGCGCGAUUUGGAGCGGAGAAAAGAGUUCCUUUUCGGACUCGUCUUCCGAGAUAAGAAAUGCCUGCUUCUGCUCUGCACACAGGCGGUGCUUCUGAUCAUCAGGACGUUUUUGUCCCUGCAUGUGGCCACUUUGGACGGUAAGUUGGUCUCCACUUUGGUCAAGGCCGAGUACGCAAAUUUCGUGAAGAUUCUGUUGGGCCAGUGGAUGCUGCUGGGUAUUCCAGCAAGUUUCAUAAACAGCUUGAUCGCAUACGCAACGAAAUGUUGUUCCAUUGCAAUCAAUAGGAGAGUUUCGAAACAUUUACUGAACAAGUACCUGUCCAACCACCAUGUGUUCUACGCGGUCGCCGCCGCUUCACCAGAAGUUCAAUACAAUUUGACGUCAGAUAUUUAUACCUUCGCGAACAACAGUUCUUUGCUACUGAACCAGUUGUUGAAACCGAUGCUGGAUUUGCUUCUUUGUUCGUUCAAACUAUUGAUGUCAAAUUCAAGCAUGAUGGGGGAAGGUACACUGGCCCUUGGUUUGAUUGUUUACAUGUCCAACUCGAUGAUCAGACUGAUUCAACCGAAUUUCACGAAAUUGACUAUGAUAAGAUCCUCCCUUGAGAGCUGGUUUAGGUCGUUGCACUCUAAUCUACACACAAAUAACGAAGAAAUUGCAUUGCUGAACGGCCAAUCUAGAGAAUUGACUAAUCUGGAUUACUCAUUCUACCGUCUCGUCUUGUUUUUGAACAGAGAAAUCAAGGCUAAAGCAUUAUACGAUCUAGCAUCAACGUUCAUCAUCAAAUACACUUGGGGUGCUGCAGGAUUAAUCCUUUGUUCAAUACCGAUUUUCUUCAAGGAUAAAACUGAGAUCAUUAGCAAGUCAACAUCUCAUGACAUGACUGCUGACUUCAUCACCAAUAGAAGAUUACUGGUCACUGCAUCCGGUUCAAUCGGGAGAUUCGUGGAGUUGAAAAAAAAUAUACAACAACUCAAGGGUGUCAGGAUUAGGUUGAAUCAAUUUAACAAUCUGUUGGACAAGCACUCGAACGUCCAAACAUCAUUGGACGAGGAGAACGAUAAAAUUGAAUACAACGACUUCUUAAUUAAAUUUGAAAACGUCCCACUAGUGACCCCUGCUGACCAAGUGUUGGUGGAAGAGUUGAACUUUGAAUUGUCGCACGGCCAUCAUCUAUUAAUCAUCGGACCUAAUGGCUGUGGUAAAUCGUCUUUAUUUAGGAUUCUUGGUGGCCUAUGGCCGAUGAGGUCUAGCUACUCCGGGAAGCCAACGAAGUUGACCAUGCCCAGAAGAAUCAUCGGCCAAGAUUGUGCCAUCUUUUAUUUACCACAAAGGCCAUACAUGAGUAAUCAAUCCAGUUUCCGUGAACAGAUCAUAUACCCUGAUUCUUUGGAACAGUUUGAGGAAAGAUUUCAGAACGAUUUUGCCGCUGGAGAUGGCGAGCUGACCAACAUUUUGAAGCUGCUCGAUUUGGAGGACUUAAUAUCUGAGAACAUGGCAAUCGCCUUGGCGUCUUCUCUAGUGAAGGGAACAACGGAUGAAUCGCCCCCAGCGGAGUCCAUUGACAUCAAAGAAGCCUUCGAUCUGGUGAGAAAUUGGUCCGAGGAACUGUCCAUUGGUGUUCAACAGAGGUUAGCCAUGGCCAGAAUGUACUACCAUCGACCCAAAUUUGCCGUCCUGGAUGAGUGUACCUCUGCAGUUUCCCCUGAUAUGGAGCAGAAAAUGUACAGUACUGCACAAGAACUCGGGAUUUCUUUGAUUUCCGUAUGCCAUAGGACGAGUUUAUGGCAUUUCCAUGACCAUUUGUUGAGGUUUGAUGGUAAAGGUGGUUACCAAUUUGGUCCAUUUGACCCAAUCGAGAGGUUAAACGCGGAGGAGAAGCUGAUAGAGUUGAAUAACCUACUCGAUCAGCAAGUUCCUCUUUGGGAAAAAAAGCUGAAGGAUCUGUCCAUUGCGAGGAAAUCUAAUAUUAUCAAGAAAUCUGAGACCGAGUUGAACCUCUUAUCUCAAAAAAACUCAAUAACACCUGCGAAACGGAGUUCGAGUUCGAACCAAAGUAAACGGUUGCCCGUACUUUCUAGCAAGAAAAAACCUGUGAAGAAACAAGUGACUGAAAAUCCAGAAACAGUUCGGAAACUGAGAAAGGAAUAG